GAGUCGCGGACGCUGCGGCUGCAGACGGAGUCGGAGCCCCGAGCCUGCAGCCGACAGACGCGACCCCGACGCGCUCGCCAUGGGGAUGCAUUUCAUCUUCUCAGACAAAGCUGUGCUUCUGUUUGAUUUCUGGAGUGUCCACAGUCCUGCAGGCAUGGCCCUUUCAGUGUUGGUGGUCCUGCUCCUGGCUGUGUUGUACGAAGGCAUCAAGGUGAGCAAAGCCAGGUUGCUCCAUAAGACUCUGGAGAGCCUGCCCACCGCGGCCAGCCAGCAGCUUAUCUUGGAAACGGACCAGGAUUUGGCAGGUUCCAGCUCACACCUGGUCAGCAGAAGCCGCCUCAGGUGGUUUUUGUGUCACUCUGGCCAGUCUGUAGUCCAUGUCAUUCAGGUGGUCAUUGGCUACUUCGUGAUGCUGGCUGUAAUGUCGUACAACACCUGGAUUUUCCUCGGUGUGGUCCUGGGCUCAGCUGUGGGCUACUUCCUAGCCUACCCACUUCUCCACAUGGUUUAGCCGGGCAGAGCUGUGCAGGUGCUGAGGGCUAGAGGACACCAGUGCUUCUCUUCCAGCUGCUUUUUUUGGGGUGAUGGCCAUUGCUGCCCUUUUCCAGUUCCUGGCAGCUUUGAGCUGCAGCCAACAUGUCCUCCCUAGAGCUCAGAGGCCAUUACUGCUACUUCCCUCUCCAGCUGGCCUGCACAGGGCCGGGCCUCAGGUGGUGCCUUAAGUGCAGCUGCGGCCAAAGGGAGAGUGGAGAGCCUAGAACCUGGGGUGGGGUUGCUGGGCCUGCGACCACAGAUCUGAGACUCAAAUUUAAGAAUCUCCAAAGAUCUUCAGGACAAGGAGACGGGUUCUGGGUGAAGAAGGCCAUGGAGCCCAGAAAGCCUGUUCCGCUUUGUGCCUUAUUUUCAGGACAUCUUCCGCUGGCCUGCGUUACCACUUCAGUCUUCCAUCUUUGGGGACCGAGAGCCAGGCUAGCUUCCUUGUUCUCCCCUUUCUGCCUUUGCAGCAGGUGAAGACUGUCAUUGACAAGACAAGAGUUUUCAUCUUUCCCUUUGAAUUCCGGGUUGGCAGUUUUGCACUUUAAUAUAAAAGAAAUUAUUUAAUGACAUGACUUCAUUGUAUUCAUGACAGAUGGCAGCAUCUAGUGAGACCUGUCUCCCUUUCUUGGGGGAGACUAACAGCUGAUUAAAGGCAGAGCGCCAAGACUGUUACAAAGGCUUGUCCCCUGGGCAGAUGAGCUCCUCCAUCAGACAUGCAGCAGGUCAGUCUAGGGAUGAAGGUGCUAGAGGCGUAAGUCCUCAUCCCAAUCCUCUUGUAUGCACCACACAGAACUGCAUUUAGUAACAGAGCUUAACGGUCCUUAGCUAUGACCUGCUGCUCACUCACAAUGACCUGGUGGGGAAACAUGAUUCAGUUACUGAAUGUACUGAUUAAGCUGGGGGUACUAACUGAGGAUGCAAUAAGCAAUCAGACCAAAGCUAGGAUAUUUUCAGUUAGAUGGACUCUGAAUAUUUGAACCCUUUCAUUUGACAGAAAAGCCAAGAGCCAGAAUGAGUUCAAGGCCAACCUGGGCUACAUAGUGAGACUCUCUCUCUCUCUCUCUCUCACACACACACAGAGGAAAAUCACUGCUGUAUACUGUAGUAUCUAUUCUCAAGUACCUCAUGGGCUCAAUGGAAAGAUGGUUAUAUGCUUUGAGAGUUAAAAACAUGCAUUUUAAUAAAUAUAUAUUUUUGAACAA